AUGGUGCUCCCAGCUCUGAAGCUGAUCAUGGUGCUCCCAGCUCUAAAGUUGAUCAUGGUGCUCCCAGCUCUAAAGCUGAUCAUGGUGCUCCCAGCUCUAAAGCUGAUCAUGGUGCUCCCAGCUCUAAAGCUGAUCAUGGUGCUCCCAGCUCUGAAGCUGAUCAUGGUGCUCCUGGGUGUAACACUCCCAGCUCUAAAGCUGAUCAUGGUGCUCCCAGGUUUAAAGCUGAUCAUGGUGCUCCCAGCUCUGAAGCUGAUCAUGGUGCUCCUGGGUGUAACACUCCCAGCUCUAAAGCUGAUCAUGGUGCUCCCAGGUUUAAAGCUGAUCAUGGUGCUCCCAGCUCUGAAGCUGAUCAUGGUGCUCCCAGGUCUAAAGCUGAUCAUGGUGCUCCCAGCUCUGAAGCUGAUCAUGGUGCUCCCAGCUCUGAAGCUGAUCAUGGUGCUCCCAGCUCUAAAGCUGAUCAUGGUGCUCCCAGGUCUAAAGCUGAUCAUGGUGCUCCCAGCUCUGAAGCUGAUCAUGGUGCUCCCAGCUCUGAAGCUGAUCAUGGUGCUCCCAGCUCUGAAGCUGAUCAUGGUGCUCCCAGCUCUGAAGCUGAUCAUGGUGCCUCCAGCUAUAAAGCUGAUCAUGGUGCCUCCAGCUCUAAAGCUGAUCAUGGUGCUCCCAGCUCUGAAGCUGAUCAUGGUGCUCCCAGCUCUAAAGCUGAUCAUGGUGCUCCCAGCUCUAAAGCUGAUCAUGGUGCUCCCAGCUCUAAAGCUGAUCAUGGUGCUCCCAGCUAUAAAGCUGAUCAUGGUGCCUCCAGCUCUAAAGCUGAUCAUGGUGCUCUCAGCUCUAAAGCUGAUCAUGGUGCUCCCAGCUCUAAAGCUGAUCAUGGUGCUCCCAGCUCUAAAGCUGAUCAUGUGA